AUGGGAAGGAAAAUCGAAAUUUUAAAGAACAAAGGAACACUAAAGGGCUCACUCAUUAACAUUAAAGAAGACUUUCCACAAAAAGUUUUGUUGAAGCGUAAGAAACUACAAGCAGAAGUAGAAAAAGAACGUAAACUCGGAAAAAAUGUUGUACUACGAUAUGACAAAAUAGUGACACUGCCAGGUAGUCCCAAAAAUAGGAAUUCCAUAGCAGACACACGGAAACAAAAACGGAAUCUGUCAAAAUCUCCUGAUUUUGAAACCAACGUAAUCAGCGAAAGCAAUGUCAAACAGGUACCGAAGAAAAACAAGUUAAACAAUAUUACCUCCUACAUGUACAACACGCAACCGAAAAAAGGAUUGGAGUCAAGUUCGACUGAGAUACACUCAUUACCAAAAAACGUGUAA